AUGGCUGCCUUGUUCCAUGAUAUGAUAAACAAGGAAAUGGAAGUCUAUGUGGACGACAUGAUUGUCAAGUCCCACAUGAUCGAAGGACAUUUCGAAGACCUCAAGAAGCUCUUCGACAGGCUAGAAAAGUUCAAACUCCGUCUCAACCCACAAAAAUGUGUCUUCGAUAUAACCAGAGGCAAGCUGUUAGGCUUCAUUGUAAGUGAAGAUGGCAUCCGGGUAGACGAGACCAAGACUAAGGAGCAUACGAACCAAAUCCACGCACCUACUUUCGAGCUCUACAACCUGACGGCACCAUGGCCCUUCUCUGUAUGGGGACUGGACAUCAUCGGCAAGAUCAGCCCCAAAGCUUCGGACAGGCAUGAAUACAUUCUGGUGGCAGUAGAUUACUUCACCAAGUGGAUAAAGGCAACAUCAUAUACCACCAUCACAACACUUCAUGUGAUCAAGUUUAUGAAGAACAACACCAUUAGUCACUAUGGGAUCCCUCAAGCCAUUAUUACUGACAAUGGAACUCCAUUCGUGAAUAAAAGGAUGGGCGAUUUCCUCGACAAGUUCAAGAUUCAAUGCCAUCGGUCAAGUCCCUACCAUCCUCAAAUGAACGGUGGGGUCGAAGCUGCAAACAAAACUAUCAUACGUGUACUAGAGAAGAUGGUGAAAACAUAUCAUGAUUGGUCAGAAAUACUUCCUUUCACACUCUGGGCCUAUCGGACGUCUGUACGGUCUGAUACAGGUGUAACUCCAUACGGACUCGUAUACGGAAUGGAAGCAGUGCUUCCAAUCGAAAUCGAAUUCCCAUCACUACAGAUACCGCUGGAAAGUGAAAUCGAGGAAGGCGAGUGGCAACAAGCAAGGUAUGAUCAACUGCACCUAGUAGACGAAAAGCGCAUGUGA